UGGUUCGGUUCGGUUUAUCAACUUUAUCAAGAUGUGCAUUUAAUUGCUAAAAGUGUAUAAAAUUUAAACGUCUUUGAAACCAAGACUAUAAGUGGAAAUAUAGGAGGUUGAACUGUUUGUUCUGGCACUAUUCGAGAAACCAAAAUUAUAUAUUGGAGUUUUAAAAUGGCUCGUUUGCUUGCAGUAUGUCGAUCGGACGAUCACAAGUUCGAUCGUCGACAACUUCCACUUGUUAUUGACGAUACUCUUACAAUGAUUGCCCAGUUCACAGAAAAGUGUUCUGACUGUAAACAUUUAUCUGAUGCUAAACAGAAAAGAGAACUGGAUAGAUUUGUUCAGAAAUAUAAUUUAUUAUCGAAAGAUGAAGUUGCUAUAGCAUUGAUGGUAACUAAUAAAACUUUGAUGAAUCAGUUAGCUCAUACAGUAUCAUGUGUUGGGUGUAGAAGAAGUGUUGAACAUUUAUUUAAUCAGUUGGUAGAGUCACAACAUCCAUCCUUAGAACCAUUAUCAGUAACACAGCAUGCUGAACUAUCCUUAAAACAUGAAUACCUCUUUGAUCCCAAAGCUGUUUAUGCAUUAUUUUAUAUACAUGGGACCAAUAUAAAUGAUGUGAUGGAUUCUAUACCGGUUAAUAAAAAGAACAAAAGAUGUAAUUUACAUUCUUUAGAAACCCAUAAAUCAAAAACCUCUGUGAGUAGUUGGGUUGAUACAUGGGAACUUUUAUCUACUGAAUGUAGAGAAGAGGUGGUGUUAAUAGAUUCAGAUAAUUUAUUAGAUACACUUAAUACAUACCUCAGGAAACAUAGGUUUUGUUCUGAAUGUAAAACUAAAGUGCAUGCAGCGUUUAAUAUAUUGAUAGGUGAAUUAGACAGUAGUAAAGAGAAGGGAUAUUGUCCCGCGUUGUAUGAAGGAUUACGCUACUGUUCUCAAGAGGCCCACAUCCAUGUAUUAUGUGAUACAGAUUUUAUAGCCCAUCUAAUUACUAAAGCUGAACCAGAGAUAGCUGGCAGCAAUAGACGAGAUCGGCAUGCUAAGACAAUGGAUAUUGCUCAGGAAGAAGUUUUAACAUGUCUUGGUAUUCAUAUCUAUGAAAGAUUACAUCGUAUAUCACAGAAAUUGAGAGCUGAAGAACAGACUUGGCAAAUUUUAUUUUCUCUGGGAGUGCAAUGUUUACAAAAAAGUUUUGAGGUGGCAUUAGAAUGUAAACAAGGGGUGUCUAAUUUAGAGCUAGUUUGUGAAGAAUUUUUAGAGGAAGCGAGGGCAAAAGAAGAAAAGAAAUUACAGAAACGACAAAAGAGGAAGAAGAAGAAAGGCAAAACACAUAAUGUGGUAGAGAAAGAAAAUAGAAGAAUUGAUGAUAAUAUUCAUUGUCAGUUUUCUUCGUCUCCUACAAAGCCACUAGUUACCUCUCAUUCUCAUCACUGUGAAAAUCAUCGUUGUACUUUGGAAAACUUUAGUUCAUAUCCGCCAUCAUUGUCACAUACACAUGAAACUUGUGAGGAUUCCAGGACUAUUUCUGAAAAUCUUUGCCAGAAGAUACAGUACCGCCUCAGUGAUUGUGGGUAUUCUUCUGGGGUAGAUAACUGUGAUAAUUGUAGUAUGCCGAGUUCACAUGAUGGCUCUGUUAUUAUUUGCUCAGAUGGUGUGUGUACGCAUGAAGCUGGUGAAUGUUCGGAAUCUUUAACCGAUUGUUUAGAUAGCUGUAAUAACGUUGAUUUAUCUGUUAAUUCUAUCUCACCUUGUCAGACAAGUUCACAUCAGUGCCAUACAAAUGAAUCCUGUGCAUCAGAAUGUUCGCGAAGCCAACCGUCUCUUUUAGACAUGCUAGAGGAUUGUUGUACAGCAGAAGAGGAUGGACAAGGUAUCUCGGAGGAGGAAAUUCAGCAAUUUAAAGCAGAUCAUACGUCAAUGAUGAGAAAAAGAUUAGAGUUGCGCGAGACCCUACGCAAACGAUUCCAUGAUAUGAAGGAGAGAAGUAGCUAUGAUUAAAUGUUACAUAACCAGUGAUUUAAACAGAAUAGUGGACAAACGGAUUAGCAUAUAUGAACAGAUAACUAGCCAUAGCCAUCAAUUUUAUUUUUAUUAAUACAGUUAUUUUUCCUGUCUUUUAAAGCCAGUGCAAUUAUCUUUAGACUUACAUUUAUUAUUUUGUAGACAGAAUUCUUGGCAUUAAGAGUCUUUGAGUCUGUUUGAUUGGACUGAAUUUGAUAUAGAGAGUUUAGUGAAAGGUUGACUUUUCCAUGUAAUAUCUAGUCACUAAUAUUGUUCAUUUACAAAAAGCAACAAUCAUAUAAAAGCCCACAGCUAGUUUUAUUGUUAGUAAUGGCCAUUAUAACAACAGAUGUUAAUGUAAAUUAUCCAUUGGAUAUAGAACAGAUUUUAUAUUUUGUUAGCCUGCAGAACAGUGAUGGGAUUUUACCUGUAUAUUCCGGACUUGUCCGAAUCUUUUUUCGAAAUGCCCAAAAUUGUCCGAGCGGGAAUAUGCCCAAUCGGACAUCAAGACAUGGUGAAUAAUAUUCAAAUUCCAAAAUUAAUAUAGUGUACUGAGUGUAUAACUACCGUGCAACCCGAUUAUCGUUGAUAAUAGGCUGGAUUGUUUAGGUAAUUAUUUAUCGUGUUAUGUCGUCUACACACCUACCUUGAUUAACUACUAUUCUGCUUUGAUUGGCUGACUUAAUCCUUUGUCGGACAAUUCAUCAAAUCAAUCCUGAACAAAUGUCAUUGCUUCUCCUUUGUCGGACGAUAUAUCAAUCCAAUAAGAGUGAUUAUAAACUUAAUCUGAUUAACCCGUGAUUGGUCCAUUGUCUCACGUUUUAAUCUCCUUUGUGUCGGACAAUAACACGUAGAAAUUAGUCAUAUAUAUAUGUCACAUAUCCUGAUAGUAUAUAACACCUCAAAUCAACAUACAUUGUAUCCGAUAACUUGUUUGUGAUAUAUUUUCGGUGGAAGUCGAAGUUAAAUAAAGAUAUUUCACACACACGCAUAUGACGCUAUAGUUCAGUAAUUAAAAUGAAAGUACAAAUCUCGCGAGACACGUGAAAUCAAGAGGUGUAUACGUGCCGAAUCCAAUACGACUGAUGUCCGGAAAAAGAUUCUAUUUUGAUGGCAUAUUGUCGGAUUUAUGAUCAUAUUUUGAAUGGGGUUUAUGUCUUUAAAUAAAUAAAUAAAUAAAUUAACACGCUAAGAAAUGUUGACGAAUAUUUCGAUUGGAAUGACAUAAGUAGUUAAUUGUUUUAGACGAUAGCGCGUGCUACAGUCGAAUGCAAUUAUUUAGCAGUUGGUGUCACACGCUCGUUGUAUUAGAGCGUCAUUAACUACGGUUUACGGCCAUAUAAAUUUUGGGAUGUCAUUUUUUUACCUUCCGUAUAUAAAUCGAAACGUAGUAUCAGACGAAUGUCAGACUUUGCUGAAAAAUGUACCGACGUAUGACCCGAAAAAUACGGUAAUUUUGGGGGAGUUUGAAACAGAUCGGCAGCAGUCAGCACGCUGCCAUUCUAUAGUAUUGAUGUCAUGUAAUUUUGUAGGAAUAUUAUUGACAUAAAUUUGAAUACCGUACGGGUUUUAAACAUGAAAUAUAACGAGGUGCACCUAUUUUUUUUUACAUAUGAAUUUGAAUAUAUUUUGUUGACACGUGGUUCUUUAUUGUGUUUUGAAAACGUCUGCUUAAAUUACGAUAAGAGUUAUGCCCCUUUAUUUUCGGGAAAAAAUGUCUGACAAUAAUUUUUUUGAAAUCCCAUCACUGCUGCAGAACCACAGUACUUAGUGGCUCAUUAACCAAUCUAUGUGUUUGCCAAUAUUGUCAUUUGGUUGGGGCGAAAAAACAAGGUCCCAUGUACUCGUUGGUGUGCACGUAAAAGAACCCUUGGCGUUGUAUGAAGAGUAGGUCAAACCUCUGCUGUCCAGAGAGAUUUCCCUUGUAUCAGACUACACCUGUCUUCCUGUAGAAGAGGUGGACAAUAAUCCUAUAGUGUUUUGUAAGCCUUGGUUACUGGAUGUGCACUAACUGUGUAAUUUCUACAAAUUAACAAGACUGAAAGUCAUUUAUCUACCUGGUGAGAAAAUAAGUGAAAUUGAACUAGAACUACUAGAAGUGGUGCUUUGAAAUUUGCAUAGUGCAUGUAAGUCAUAUUCUACUAAAACUUGGUAAAUUAGUGAAGUAUAAACUUCAAAAUGGCUUACUUAAAAAAAAGUAGGAAAUCAUACAUGUAUAUCCCUUUAAAAAUGAGCACAACUUUUUAAUAUAUAUAUUAUGCAUUCCAUUUGAUUAUUGAUGCUUAGCUUUUUGAACUUAUACUCUCAUUUGAUAGUUCAUGAACAUUCAACAGGUUUAAUUGGAUUCAUACUUACUGUAAUUAAUAAUCAGUGUUUAAUCAGUUUAUCUUAAGAACGUAUCGUUACAAACUGUCAUGGCAGGUUCAUGUUUAAAAAUAUAUCAUCAUGCAACCGUAAUGGAAAACUCAUAUUUUCCAAAUAAACUGCUGAAAUAUAAGUUGCCAUUCUGUGUUAAUGCAUUAGCGGUAUGUAAUCUUUUUAUUUCAUCAUUUAGUAUAUUUUAUAUCAUGUAACAUAAUUAAACAACCAUAAUAUAGUAGAAGGGACUUAGUCAAUUUAUUAUAAACUUAAGGACAUUAACUUGACCCAUAUUGUGAAUUUAAAGAAGCUAUUUGUGAUUUUAGGCAGAAUAUCCUUUUUUUUCACGACUUAUUUCACUCUAAAAUGUACUCAAAUUGAUUUUUUAACAUUUAAUGAAGAAAUCAAACUAUUAAUAUUUUCCUGGCCUUGAUAUAAUCAGAUUAAAGGGAGGCCCUCAAAAUAUUUUACCUAAGCUCUGGCUUGUUUAUAUCGUCUACAAAUGUUGCAAAGUUUUCAUUUCAUCAUGUUUUUGUAAAUACUGAACGGAAUUGAACCAUUUUUGGACUCAAAUUCCUUUUUAGAGAUUCAAACUUACAUUGUUGUUUGCACAGGAUUCAGAAUCCUGAAAGUGACAAUCAGCAGUUUUAAGUGAUGAAGGUACAUCUUGUCAACUCUGUAUUUAUGUUGUGCUUUAAGGAGUCAACUACAUUCUUAAUUUAAUUACAAAUACAUAGAGUAAAAGAAUAGAGAGCCUACCUACAAAACAUACAUUAUUCCUGUUUAUGGUGUAUUGCUUUCAUAGGAUAUUUAUUUAUCAAUUUUAUCAAACAAGUAUAUGAAUUGGUUGGAACAUAAAAUAUUGACAUUCAGUCACUUAAUUCCUUAAAAUCGAUUGUAAUAAACUCAGUAUUUUGUUUCCAUUUUUUGUCCCCCGCCUUUCGAAGAAAGCAGGGGACUAUUAAAAUGGGUUCGUCCGUCUGUCACACCUUUUGGGACACAAUAACUCUCUUUCUAAUUGAGCUAGAAUGUUCAAACUUGGUGUAGGUGUUUAUUAGGUCAAUACCUUGAUGGAGUUCGAAGAUGAGCAUUUUCCGCUUAGGGUAAGCGGAGAUAAGCAAUUUGAUUGGUUGAUGCCUUGGGACACGAUAACUUUAGUUCUAAUUAAGUGAGGGGGGUUGGAUGGCUGAAUGGUUAGCACGUGCGCACUGUAUCAUAAAGCCUGUCAUUGAGUCAACUGGCGUGGUUUCGAAUCCUGGGUUGUAUGUUACAAGGAGUAGGGUCGCCUUUCCAACCUUGUGGGUUUUCUCCGAGUCCGCCGGUUUCCUCCCAAAGACCCCUAUGUUAGUCCCGAAAUGACCUAGUUUGUGUCGAGUGGACAUUAAAACCCAUUUUUCUCUCUGUCUCUCUCUAAUUAAGUGAGAGUGAUGAAACUUGGUGUAUAGUUUCAUUACAUCAAUACCUUGACUAAGUUCGAUAAUGAGCAUUUUCUGCUCAGGGUAAGCAGAGCGAUAAGCAAUUUGAUUGGCCAAGAUUUUGGAACACAAUAACUAUCCUUCUAAUUGAGCUAGAAUGUUCAAACUUGGUGUAUGUGUUUAUUGGGUCAAUGCCUUGAUGGAGUUCGAAGAUAGGCAUUUUCUGCUUAGGGUAAACAGAGCGAUAAGCAAUUUGAUUGGUUGAUGCUUUGGGACACGAUAACUUUAGAUCUAAUAAAGUGAGAGUGAGAACACUUGGUGUAUAGCUUCAUUACAUCAAUACCUUGACUAAGUUUGAUAAUGAACAUUUUCUGCUGAGGGUAAGCAGAGCAAUAAGCAAUUUGAUUGAUCGAGACUUUGGAACACAAUAACUCUCCUUCUAAUUGAGGUAGAAUAUUCAAACUUGGUGUGGGCAUUCAUUAGGUGAAUCCCUGAUGGAGUUCGAUGAUGAACAUUGUCUGCUUACGGUAGGCAGAGAUAAGCAAUCUGAUUGGUUGAUGCUUUAGGGGCACGUUAACUUCGGUUAUAAUGAAGUGAGAGCGAUGAAACUCUGAAUAUAGAUUCAUUAUAUCAUUACCUUGACUAAAUUUGAUUGUGCAAAUUUUCUGCCUGGGCUAAGGAGCGAUAGGCAGUUUGAUUGGUCAAGACUUUGGGACAUAAAAACUCUGCUUUUAAUUGAGGUAGAAUGGUUAAACCUGAUGUAGAUGUUCAUUAGGUGAAUGUCUUGACUGAUUUCAAUGAUUAACCUUUCAAGCUAAAGCUAAGCAGAGCUAUUCAAUUUCAUUGGUCGAUGCUUUGGGACAAGAUAAUAUUGAUUCUAUCUGAUAGAGUGUGAUGAAACUUAGUGUGUAGUUUGAUUGCUCGAUACUUUUGAAAAAAAUAAAUGUGUGAUUAAUUAAUAUGUGUCAUCUAUUUAUUUUGGGAUUUCGGCGGGGGACAUCAGCCUCACUGUUGGCUUGUGAUUUAAAAAAAGACAAUAUGUGAAUAUUUUAAGACUGACCUUAAGUUAUAUUUAAACAUCCAUUAUGCAAGAGGUAAAUUUGCCUAUUGCAGGUCUUUCUUUAGGCCUGAAAUGUUAUAUAAACUAUUAAUUAGGCAUUUAUGAACAUGAAAAGACCAUAAUCAACCCUCAAUACCAUCUUAUCUGUUCGAUUUUCAAUGGAUUUGAAUCCAAUCUGCUUUUCAACGUCUGAUAUGAUUAAAUGCAAAAAUGGAUAAUUGAGACUCUGCUAACAAUGACAAUCAAGGCUACAAAGAGUUUCAAAUAAUUUUUUCUUGGCUUAGAGUGAAGCAGUUUGACUGAAAUUUUCAAUAUAUUCCCUUUACGUAACUAUUAUAGUGAGAACUGCCAGCUCUUUAUCUAAUCUUUCAUAAUGUAUCUUUAAUCGUAUCAUUCAUUAGUAGAUUGCCUAAAUACAUUACAAUUAUAUCAUUAUGUACACAAUGUAUUUUAUUAUAAACACCAAUUUUAAAGCAUACCACAUUGCCAUUCAUCUUUCUGUUGAUAUUCUCCUCAGCAUUUUCUGUGGAUAGGACAGUGUCCAAUAUUACCAUCGGAACAAAGUUGGUUUCUAAUAUGGCAAUGUUUAUCAACUGGCUUGUGGCUUCACAUUAAAUCUACUGCACGGCACACAUCUGUGACAAGGUAUUGGUGAGCUUAUAUUUUUUUGCCUGGUAACCUAUCGUAUAUGAUACAAAUCACCAUCAUGUAUUGUCAUUAGAUUCCAUCCUCCUGUAUUAAGUACAUUUUUAUUGUUGUGUGGAAUCAGUUAUGACUAUUGUUUGUAUUGGAUCAACUUCUUUGUAUUUUGUGAUCUGUGAUUCCAGGCUUAACUUAUAGCUGAGCUGACGAAACUCCUCUCUCUAUAUAUAUAUAUAUAUAUAUUUAUAUUAUGCAGAAUUUGGAUACAUGAUAUGCAUGUUAUUGUUAAAAUUGAUGGCUUGGAAUGGCCAGGCUUGUUAAAAUGUGAUUGAUCUAUUAUAUAUAUUAUUACAUUAUGAACAGGGGUUGUUUGUACCUGUGAAAUAUAAAGUUGAUUAAAAUACCUUAUUGAUUUA